CCGUUGCGCCUUCAAUUUUCCAUUGUGGUCGCACUUACCUCGAGAGCGUUCAUUGCCGUAGCGUCCGUUGUGUGACCAUUUAAGGUUAAAUGGUGAGGUUGGCAGCCUUGAUUGCCUGAGGCAUCGUUUUUUUUUUCAUCGCUGCCGUCUCUGCUGCACCGGGGCCUGUUCACCAAAGUGCGUCAUUUCUGUGUUGUAUUUACCGCCAACCUGUACAGCUGCAGUGGAAGGUGUUCCAAGGAUCGCAGUCGCACUAAAGGAUUUCUCAACUUCCCGAUAUUCAAGUUGCUGGUAAUUACCAAGAGAGCUGAGGGAACCCAGCCAUCAUGCAGUUCGGCGCCGAGGACUUGGGAUUAGCGGGUGUUGGAAAACUGACCUUGCAGAGCAAGUCGGUUGCAUGUCGGCCUUCUCCGGGACUUGACAUGACUCAUGGCUUCAUGAAAAAAAUCCAGGAGUUGCAGAUGGAGCAUCUUCGACAGCCUGAACCAAAGAAUGCCGCAAUUACGCCUACAAGCACCUCGCCCCAGACCGGUGGCUCCCAGAGGUCAACCAAGCCAACCUUGGAAAUUUACAGGCCACCCGAGAUGCUGUGCCAACAAAACAAAGAUAUUGAGGCGUCUGAUACUGACCGCAUCCAAUGCCAGCCCUUCAACACCACAACCAACGGCAACCCAGGGACGCAUCCGAAGCCAAGACUGGACCAUUCUGAGGUUCCAGAUGUUGUGCUGGAACUGCAGCCCGCUGGCGGCAGCCCACAGUCGCACAGUGAUUACAAGAAGGACGAGUACAGUCUUCUGAUGGUUAAGCAAGCUUUGCAAAACCCUACUUCACUAAGCACGCAGCAGCUUCAGAGGCUUGCACGCGGCAUCUGUCAGACGGCACCCAAGAGCAUCGAGCACGCUGAACCAGCAGCCAAGUUUUGCCACCGGAUUGCCUUGGUGAGCAACAGCGUGUUCCUCGAGGGCCUGUUGAGCAGCUGCCGCGAGUUGUUCGAGAAGCGGGAGGAGCUGAUGGGCACGCUUGAGGCUGCGACAGGUGUGCCGCUGCGCUGGACGCCCUACGUCUCCUUCGUGGCCAAGCUGCUGGUGGAAUUCGAGUCAUCAGACUGUGCCAAUUCGGCCGGCACCACUGUCGAUGCCAGCGGUGGCGAGAGGCCAAGUGGCGCCUGGAAGAGGACUGUGCAAUCCCUGGCCAUUCUGCUGAGCAGCUGCUUCCAUGUGAUCUUGCGCCCUCCAUUCCUGGGCAGUGCUGCCGAGAUGGAGUGCCUGAGGUCAGCGGUGACGGCUGCUGGCAAGGCCAUGGAGCGUGUGGCACCACACGUGACGUGCGCACUGAUGGCUCGACUGCGCGACGCCUUCCUCGAGCCGGGCACGUCGGCACGCUCACGCAAAGUCCUGCUGGAGCUGAUUGAGCUGCGCGCUUCCGGUUGGCAGCUGAGAUCUGCAGCGCAGCAGAUGUACUACCACCCUGGCAGGACCUUCCAGUCUCGCAAUUGAAUGUGUGACGAGGGCAGGGACGCCACUCAAUGUAUUCAAUUUUCACAAACGCCAUAGUCACACAUGUAAAAGCGGCAGUGAAAAUGAUUUUUGAUUCAUUGUAAAUGCGUAAUUUAUUUUAUUUAUUAAAUGUGCGAUGUAUUAUCUGUUGCA